CAUUACGGAAAUUAUCGUGCUGGAUCUCAAGCGCCUUCUAGGGCGCCAAACAGGUGCAGCCAUAACCACAUCAAGUGAGCCACAUAAAGCCAAACUCGCUGAGCCAAAUCCACGAUAUACAGCUAGCAAAUUGAAAAGCGUGAAAACAGCAGCAGCAACAACAACAGCAACAGCGACAGCAGCAACAACUUCAGUAGCUUGUACCACCACCAACAGCCCAACAGCGACAACACCAACAACAGCAGCAACAACAAUUGCUGUUACAUUGAGUACACACACAGCAGGAGUAACUCAGGCAGCAACAUUUAUAGCAACAUCAGCAACAGCUGCUGCGGCAACAACAGCGACAGCAACAACAACAACAACAACAAACAAUAUAAAACAUAGCCAAGUUAGGCUUAAUAACCAAGCGACAACAAGCAUGUUACUUUUGCAGCCCAAUAGCUCCUUUAGUUCACUUUCUCCGUUUGAUAAUUUCUCCACCCAAACUGCGUCGUCGACGACAACAACCACAACGUCAGCCAUAGGACACCAGCAUCAUCAUCAUCAUCAUCACCAUCAUCACCACAUACACCAGCAGCAACAACAGCAACAACAACAGCAGCAGCAGGAACAGUCACAUCAGCAACAACAACAUCAUCAGGAGGAGGAGCAGCCGCAGCUGCUUAAUUUACAAUCCCAUCACUUGUUAAAAACCGAAUCCCUGCUCUCCCAUGAGGAGGAUCAGUUGAUCAGCAAUCUGACAGACGCUGCCGUGUCGCAUAGUGAACUCUUCUCGGAUCUCUUUUUUCCCUCCGACUCGAAUAAUUCCCAACUGUCACCAGUUUUAGAACAUUCUACAGCCAGUUUUACCGAUACCCAGGGAGCAGGAGCAGGUGGUGGUGGUGCCGCUUCUCUGCUGGGCAGCACUGAGGAUAUCACCAGUUCCAUCGAGAAUCUCACCAAAUUGACUUGCCUGCGCGAUAAGCGUCUCUCCUCCAUACCAGAACAGCAGCUAAACUCAUCUGCCGAUCAACAGGAUCAGCAAUUGUGUUUGCUAAGUUUACGUUCCAGCAGUGAUCCGGCCAUUGCUCAUCACGCCCAACAGCAGCAGCAGCAACAGCAACAACAACAAUCGCACCACCAACAACAACAGCAGGCCACUUCACCUGUGCAACUCCAAUUAUUCUCACCAAUUGGGGGUCCACUCUCGUGUGGCAGCAGCCUGCCCAGCUUUCAGGAGACUUACUCUCUUAAAUAUAAUAGCAGCAGUGGCAGUAGCCCACAACAGGCUUCCUCCUCCUCAACGGCUGCUGCCACGCCCACUGAUCAAGUGUUAACAUUGAAAAUGGACGAUGAUUGUUUUCCACUAACAAGUCCCGCCGAGGUGAUGUCUGGCUGGAAUACCAAUACCAAUCAGGGACAAUUGCAGCAGCUGCAUACGCUGCAGACCCAAACUCAAGCGCAGCAAUCUCAAAACCAAUCUCAUAUGCCGCAUCCUAGUGCCAGUAAUAGCAACAACAACAACAACAACAAUACAAAUAAUAGCAGCUCGAGCAGCAGCUACAAUUAUCAUGGCCAUUUCAAUGCCAUUAAUGCCACUUCGAAUCUCUCACCCAGCUCCUCGGCCAGUUCACUCUAUGAAUAUAAUGGUGUGACAUCAGCCGAUAGCUUCUAUGGUCAACAGCAGCAGCAGCAAAACUAUCAACAACAUAACUACAAUUCGCUAAAUGGCGAACGCUACUCCUUGCCCACAUUUCCCACCAUAUCCGAAUUGGAGGCAGCUACCGCAGCGGUGGCCGCUGCUGCCGCCGCUGCCAAUAUCACAUCGGUUGGACCGCCAGUGCGUCGCGCCUCGUUGCCCAUUCAACGAACAGUGUCGCCUGGUUGCGGUGGCUCAUCUGGCAGUGCAAUUAUUGCCACAGCCCAGAGUCCCAAACUGGCCAAAUUAUCGCUGGGCCAGCGACAUGCUCAUGCCCAUGCCCUACAAUUGGGUUCGGCGCCAAACUCGACAGCCAGUUCACCGGCCAGUGCAGCUGGCACGGAUCUACAAGCGGGACGACUACUCCAAUCGACCUCUCAGUUGUGUGCCGUGUGCGGCGAUACGGCAGCCUGUCAACACUACGGCGUACGUACCUGUGAGGGCUGCAAAGGAUUCUUCAAGCGGACCGUUCAAAAGGGUUCAAAAUAUGUGUGCUUGGCCGACAAGAAUUGCCCGGUGGACAAGAGACGACGCAAUCGCUGUCAGUUCUGUCGUUUUCAAAAGUGUUUGGUUGUCGGCAUGGUGAAGGAGGUGGUUCGUACCGAUUCGCUUAAGGGUCGACGUGGUCGACUGCCCUCCAAGCCCAAGUCACCACAAGAAUCACCACCGUCGCCGCCAAUUUCCCUUAUCACGGCUCUUGUGCGUAGUCAUGUGGAUACUACACCGGAUCAAUCCUGCUUGGAUUAUUCGCACUAUGAGGAACCCUCAAUGAGUGAGGCCGAGAAGAUACAACAAUUCUAUCAGCUGUUAACCAGUUCAGUGGAUGUCAUCAAACAAUUUGCCGAGAAAAUUCCCGGCUACAUGGAUCUCACACACGAGGAUCAGGAAUUGCUAUUCCAAUCUGCAUUACUGGAGCUCUUCGUUUUACGUCUCUCCUAUCGGGCGCGUAGCGAUGACACCAAAUUGAUCUUCUGCAAUGGCAUCGUACUACAUCGGAAUCAGUGCCAAAGAUCGUUCGGCGAUUGGCUAAAUGAUAUCAUGGAGUUCAGUCGUAGUCUAGAUAAUCUCGAAAUAGACAUAUCGGCAUUUGCCUGCCUUUGUGCUCUUACCUUGAUAACUGAACGUCAUGGCCUACGCGAACCCAAAAAGGUUGAACAACUGCAAAUGAAAAUCAUUGGUAGUCUCCGUGAUCAUGUCACUUAUAAUGCCGAAGCUCAAAAGAAACAACAUUACUUCAGUCGUCUAUUGGGCAAAUUACCCGAAUUACGUUCCCUAAGUGUCCAAGGGCUUCAACGAAUCUUCUAUUUGAAACUAGAAGAUCUAGUGCCAGCUCCAGCUCUAAUUGAAAACAUGUUUGUUACCACAUUGCCCUUCUAAGGACAUACAAACAUAGAAAAAUUAAAUAAAACGUUGCUUCCUUGAAAAAAAAAACACAUUAAUCUAAGUACUAUUUAUGUAAGUAAGAGUUUAAUAAAAAUAAAUCUCAUGAAAACAAAACACAACAACCAAUAUAAUAUCAAGUGCAAGUAGUAGUAUACAUAUAUAGUUAAUGUCCUAGCUGGCCAGGCGAAAACCAUAUCCAACCCUUCCUUUCCUCCCCCUCUACCCUAAAUAUACAUAAUUACCCACAUGAAUAUUUAAGCCACACUCGGUAACUGGCCAUUCCGUGACUUGUCAGCGUCUAAAAUUCUCAACUUGUUGACGUUAAUUGUUAAAUUGUUUAAUUUCAACUGUCAAAAUCAAUAGGCACGCAUAUGUAAUCAAUAGAAAUUCCCCUUUUUUGUUUUGUGGAUUUACUUUUUUCUUUGGUUU